CCCAGGUGAGGUCACAUGUCUUUGACGGACGGUGAGCUCCACACCUGACUAUAAAAACGAGCUGAAUCUGUUUACAUUCAUAACGGAAACAGUCCACGCUUCGACAAAUACAAUAGUUCCAGUUAAUUUCGCAGGAAUAAUGGCGCACCGACUGAUCUGGAUUUCCGCUUUGCUUCUCUUAAUCAGUGUGAACCUGUCUAGUCAAAGUUCUGACACGGACAGGGGCUUUACUGGUGAUGAAACUGAGAAUGGAGUGUCAGUGACGUCCACUGCUGUUGCUGUACUGGACAGCAAGCUCACGCAGAUCUUCUUCCCAGUGGUGUACAUCAUCGUCUUCAGUGUGGGCUUGCCAACCAACGCUAUGGCCAUAUGGGUGUUCCUCUUCAGGACGAAGAAGAAACAUCCCUCAUCCAUUUUCAUGGCCAACCUUGCGCUGGCAGACCUGCUGUUUGUAAUCUGGAUUCCUUUAAAGAUCGCGUACCAUUUUAACGGGAAUCACUGGAUCUACGGAGAAGCCCUGUGCAAAGUCCUGGUGGGCUUCUUCUACGGGAACAUGUAUUGUUCGACUGCUUUCAUUGCAUGUAUUAGUGUCCAGAGGUACUGGGCUAUAGUACAUCCUCUUUCCCAGCAGAAAAGGAACAACAAAUUGGCAACUGGUGUGUCUGUGUGUGUGUGGCUGGUUGUGUGGGCCAUUACCGUGCCUCUUUUUCUUUAUGACCAGACCGUGAAGGUCACAAACCUGGAUAUCGUUACCUGUCAUGAUGUCACUCGCCCCAGCCAAUCACGCUACCCUUCGAUAUACUUCCUGAUUAUGGGUGUUGUUGGAUUCAUAGUUCCCUGCAUAAUAUGUAUAGUGGCGUACGUGCAGAUGCUACGUGCCCUAAAGAGCUCGAUGACAGACACUAACAUCGUUCAGAAGCGAAGGAAGGCUGUCAUCCUCAUCGUCGCUGUGCUGGUGAUGUUCCUAGUGUGUUUCACCCCGAGUAACAUCAUGGUUAUGGUGCAUUACUCGCUGCUCUCUUUGGGAGUACAGGACAGCGGUUACGGCUUCUACAUUACAACGCUAUGCCUGGCCAGCCUCAACAGCUGCGUCGAUCCGUUUGUAUAUUAUUUCAUCUCGGAUGAGUUCAGAGAGCAUGUAAGAAACACGUUUCUUUGCCGCAGCGAACGCACCGCGCAGAGGAUGCGGGUUUCCUUCAGUGCACUGAAGUAUUCAAAGAAAAACAGUACCUACACGUCAGACUCUGGAAACACGCAGAGCACUUCCUACUAAGAAUGACAGACAGAGAACUGUUUUAAAUCUGUGCUAUGCUCUGAUGCUCUGCAAUACAUCUUGAAAACUAUAUAAGCUCUUGUUAUUUUAUUAUUAAAUGUUGUAAAGGCUGGAGGAACAACAUGCACUGAGUUAGUCAACAUUUAACAUGUAAUUCAGUCAACGAGUAAACAUCUUUUUUUCAUAAUCUCACAUAAAUUGAAGAUCUUAAGACCUUAAAAGGACAUCCAAGGGUUCUCAGUUCUUGGAACUACAAAUUGGCCUCCUGUUUGAUGACAUAGUCACCAUGGAAAUGUUGAAGUGUUGUUAUUAUUGUGUUGCCAUUACGUCACUACAGGUUGCCUUUUUAAGACCUGAAAAUCGUUUGGUCUGUUAGGUUUAGUGGGAUU